AGCUUGCUCUGCCCUCCGCCCCCUCCUCUCCGCCCACUCUCGCCGCGGUCUCCUGGCGGCGGGGCUUUGUCUCGUGGGCUGGCUCCCCCGGCGGCUGCCUCCCCCGAACAGCUGCCGCCAGAGGGAGGAAGCGGCGUGGGAGCUGUCCGGCACCCCCGGUGCUGAAACCCCGACCGCUCGUCAUCCAGCACCACCAUGUAAGGGCCAUGAGAAGGGCUCGUCCUGGCGCAGCGCGGACAUGGAGGAGGACUUAUUCCAGCUCAGGCAGCUGCCGGUGGUGAAAUUUCGUCGCACGGGCGAGAGUGCAAGGUCAGAGGACGACGCGGCUUCAGGAGAGCAUGAGGUCCAGAUCGAAGGGGUCCGCACGGGCCUACAGGCGGUCGAACUAGACGAUGGGGCAGCUGUGCCCAAGGAGUUUGCCAAUCCCACCGACGAUACUUUCAUGGUGGAAGAUGCGGUGGAAGCCAUUGGGUUUGGAAAAUUCCAAUGGAAGCUGUCUGUGCUCACCGGCUUGGCUUGGAUGGCCGACGCCAUGGAAAUGAUGAUCCUGAGCAUCCUCGCGCCCCAGCUGCACUGCGAGUGGCGGCUCCCCAGCUGGCAGGUGGCCUUGCUGACCUCGGUGGUCUUUAUCGGCAUGAUGUCCAGCUCCACCCUCUGGGGAAACAUCUCAGACCAGUACGGCAGGAAAACAGGGCUGAAGAUCAGCGUGCUCUGGACUCUGUACUACGGGAUCCUCAGUGCUUUCGCGCCCGUGUACAGCUGGAUCCUGGUGCUCCGGGGCCUGGUGGGCUUUGGGAUCGGAGGGGUCCCCCAGUCGGUGACGCUGUAUGCUGAGUUCCUUCCCAUGAAAGCCAGAGCCAAGUGUAUUUUGCUGAUCGAGGUGUUCUGGGCCAUCGGCACCGUGUUCGAGGUCGCCCUGGCUGUGUUUGUGAUGCCCAGCCUGGGCUGGCGUUGGCUGCUGCUCCUCUCGGCUGUCCCGCUCCUCAUCUUUGCUGUCCUGUGUUUUUGGCUGCCGGAGAGUGCAAGGUAUGAUGUGCUGUCGGGGAACCAGGAAAAGGCCAUCGCCACCCUAAAGAGGAUCGCGACAGAAAAUGGAGCCCCCAUGCCGCUGGGGAAACUCAUCAUUUCCAGACAGGAAGACCGAGGCAAAAUAAGGGACCUUUUCACACCCCAUUUUAGAUGGACAACCUUGCUGCUGUGGUUUAUAUGGUUUUCCAAUGCGUUUUCUUACUACGGAUUAGUCCUGCUCACCACGGAGCUCUUCCAGGCGGGAGACGUCUGCAGCAUUUCCAGCAGUAAGAAGGCAGUAGAGGCCAAGUGCAGCCUGGCCUGCGAGUACCUGAGUGAGGAGGACUACAUGGACCUGCUGUGGACCACCCUGUCCGAGUUCCCAGGUGUCCUGGUGACUCUGUGGAUCAUUGACCGCCUGGGCCGCAAGAAGACCAUGGCGCUGUGCUUCGUCGUGUUCUCUCUGUGCAGCCUCCUGCUGUUCAUCUGUGUCGGCAGAACGAUGCUCACUCUGUUACUCUUCGUUGCAAGAGCGUUUAUUUCUGGAGGCUUCCAAGCGGCCUAUGUUUACACACCUGAGGUCUACCCCACGGCGACGCGAGCGCUGGGCCUGGGCACCUGCAGUGGCAUGGCAAGAGUGGGUGCUCUCAUCACUCCGUUCAUUGCUCAGGUGAUGUUGGAAUCCUCCGUGUACCUGUCUCUGGCGGUUUACAGUGGCUGCUGCCUCCUGGCUGCACUGGCCUCCUGCUUUUUGCCCAUCGAGACCAAGGGCCGCGGGCUGCAGGAAUCCAGCCACCGGGAGUGGGGCCAGGAGAUGGUGGGCCGAGGGACGCACGGCACAGGCGUCACCAGGUCGAACUCGGGCUCUCAGGAGUAGUGACCUCUGGGGGGCUGAGCUGGUCUUUGAGGCCGUGGAGCGCGGGGAGCUGGUGGAGCCCGUCUGGGGCGCCGACCGUCACUGCCGACACCAAGAACUCACCCAAGAGCACAACCUGGACCCCGGUGGCUCCUGUUCGCUGAGACCCACCCUCAGAUGGGGAGGCAUUCGCUCCGGGGGGAGGUUCUGGAUGUGUGGGGGGAGGCUUGUUAAUCACCUGUGGAUCUGCAUGGGAAAACUGCCACACCGGUGACCCUGGUAGCCAGCCAGACACCAUCCAGAGUUAGCCGGCCACACCCGUGGUGAGCAACAACCCAAAGGUCUCCAUAGACACAGUCCAGGCCCCGGCCCCGGGAGCCCUGCCGCCCACCAACCAGACCUGGUCAGUAGGUUUCUCCUACACCCCAGGCCCCCGGCUUUCUUCUUUGAAAUCGCAGGUGACUCGGGUGUGGCCUGCGCAGCUUUUUCUUGGGUUGGAGAAACGCUCCCUCCGAAAGGGGCCUCUCGGUUUGCCUCCCCAGGCAGGGCCUGACCCGUGGAGUCUCUGGCAGACAGACGUGCAUUUGACCUUGAGCCACGUGCCCCCCCUGGCCCCCUCGGGAGUUGCUGUCCCUGGUUCCAGGGGAUCCCAGUGUGUCCAUGGGGACAGCUGGGCUUGCAGCAGACGACAACCCCAGAAAGCUGUUACCCCAGACACUGGGGGCUGGGCCCACAGGGAGGCGAGAACCGAGCCCAAAGCCAAACAGGGCCCUCCCGUUCGGAAGCAGCAGAGGCCCCGUCGGCGCUUCUUUUCUGGCCCCUUCCUCGGUCAGGCGGAUUGGGGACUCUCGGGGGAAGAGGACAGUUCACUCAGGUCUCAGCGCUUUGGACUUGGAGCUUGGGUGGACGGAGAAAAA